UCAGGAAGUAAAGCCGAGAUGGUCCGUGAGGAGCUGACGGUCCGUCUUAAUGACCAGGAGUACAAAAACUGGCUGAAGGCAGGUCGGUGUCUGCUCAUCCUGAAGGAUGUUCUCCACCCGUACACCGACCACCACAUGAGAGCUUUCCACAAAGACCUGCUCAACCAGCACGCGCUGCUGAGGACUCCCUGCCGCACAGCUUCAUGCAAACCAGCAGGGAAUAAGCUUUCCUCGCCUUGCCGGGUGUGUUUAGAGUGGCAGAAGGUGAUCCUGAGACACCACAGACACCCUGAGGCCGCCAUCAACUGGGCCAACUGUUUCCCUCCAUACUGGAGGACGGACCACUGGGAACUGGCCAAGGCGUACAUGCCCCGGGGUCAGUCCAAGGUGAAGGGUGCAGCCCAGUGCGACGCCUCUGCUCUGCUCAACCUGAUCAGCUUCUGUAAAUGUUUCUGUUGUGUGGACCCAAAGCUAGUGAGACAGGUGAUCCAGUACAGGAAUGAACUGAUGCACUCCUGUGAGUUCCGGGUGAAGGACGAAUGGAUCAAACUCUACCGCGGCACUCUCAAACACUUUGUCCAGCAGCUCAGUCAGGACGUCCCCCACAUGUCCACUGUGGGACAACAAAUAGAAGACAUGCUGACUGUUGAUCUGUCCAUAUGUGUCUUUGGUGUGGACCGGAUGGACUCCGCUGGACCAGACUCAGACGCUGACAGCCAAUUAGAGGCCAGCGCUGAGUUAGUCGGCCAAUGGGAAGCUGAGCUGCUCCAGGAGAUGUUGCAGGAGUGUCUUUGUGCUGAAGAUGGUGUCGAUUCAGAGACACAGGACACGGAGCAGCUGAGGAGGCUGCAGGCCUUCUUGCAGGCCAACCAAGAUCUCAGGGAGAAGUUUUCCUCUGAGCUCCAGACCAUCACCACUCUGGAGGUGGGACAAUGAGGAGACAGACGAUCACAUCACACUGCUUUACUAAUAAUCAACACAACACGGACUUUGACUUAUUAUUCCUGAAAAUAAUUCACUUCAUGAUUCAUGAUCAGAGAAGAAGAAAUCAUUUAGUUCGAGAAACUUUUUUUUAAUUGUUUACAUUAAAACAAAGUAAAAGUGUUGGAUUAGGCACUUUAAACUGGAUUACAGUUAAUCUGCACGACAUCUGUGGAGGAGGUGUAUUGUUUUUGCAUAGUGACUUAAUUAAAACUGUAUUUAAUUAAAAACUGUUAUAAGCCUGCAUGAAUCCAUCUGCUUUUGUUUUUACCAGAUAAACCAUUAAAAC